AUGGAAGAUUUAGAUGAAUAUCUUAGACCAAGCUGUAGGGAGGAGGAGGAGGACAAAGAGAAUAGAGAGAAUGGUAACGACAUAGUGGAUGGUUUACAAAACACAAUCGAAUACAUAAAUCAACAACUGGAUAUACAUGGUUUCCCGUCUCCGCUGAAUUUCUUUGAAAGUACUCGUGAAAAUGCGACACAUGUUAUCCAUUGUAUUCUCAGAAUGCUACAAGAACGACAGAAAGAUUCUGGAUAUCGAGAAGAAUUGAAUGAUCAGUAUCGUCGACUUCUAAGCGAUCAUGAAAUGCUUUCAACGAACAUGAAAAAUUUAAAAACACGAAUGGAACUUAGUGAGCGGGAGAUUGAUGCUUUAAAAUCAAAAUUGCAGUGGACCGAAGAUAAACAUCGAAUAGAGGCAACGAAAAAUCGACUAUUAAAUGAUGAACUAACAAAGACAAAGUUACAAUGUCAAUACACUAAAACGCAAACCGCGCAUGAAGUUCGAAAACGCGAAGCAGAAUAUCAAAGAUUCAAAGAACAAAUGGGAAAAGUACUCAAUGAAAAGUACAAAGGUGCAAAGAUUGGUCUCAAAAUGAUAAAUCCAGCACCAAAACCAUCAGAUGAUGAAAUGUUUAGGCAAGUUCUAGCAGAUCAUGAAGCUCGACAGAAUGAAUUACUUGGAGAAAAUCAAAAGUUGCGUAACCUUUUGUACGAGGUGCAAACGAAACUGACCGAAUUCCUUCAAGUUCAAACACUAACACCUAAACGAACAAUGGACGUAGAUCCAGAGUUUCUUGGAAUUGAAACACCAGAAUCUUAUAAUCCACGAGCCGCGAAAUUUCACCUUCCAUUCGAAAUGUUUGGUCAAAAUCUCGAAGAGGAAAUCAACCAACUUCUUGAAGCACUCAAACGCGAAUGGAGUAACAGACCUGCUGGAAUGGUCGUGGAAGUCGAAGAAAAGGAAAAUGAAAUAAAUCAACGUGAUUUGGUGAUUCAACAAAAAGACCGAGAGAUUCGUGACCAAAAUAUCGAGAUUCAAAGGAAAGACGCAGAGAUAAAUCAACAGAUGAGUGAGUUGGAUAAGAAGGAGACGGAAAUACAUCAACAAAUUAUGGAGAUUGAGCGAAAGCAUGAAGAGAUACAGCAACAACAGAUUGAAAUAAAUGUGUUGAAAGAGGAACUUGAGGAAGCUCAAAAUUAUGCGAAAAAAGCUCACGAUUUGCUUGAAGAUCAGAUAGAAAAUAAUUUCCAAGAGGGAUUACCAGAUCAUUCAAUUGAUGAAACUACCAUACCCGAGUAUGACGAGGAAACCAGAGAUCUAACUAAGAAACGUGAACAGUUGAAUACGGAACGCAAAAAGUUCACCGAACAGUUAGUACGGCUGGGCAAAGAUCGAGAGAUGCUUUUGCAAGAAAGAGUUGAAUUUGAACUUGAAAAGAGAGCAUGGAAAGCAGCACAUCCGACACCAGGGCGGUCCUUGUUGAUUCCCUUGGGCGAGCAAACAAUAUUUGGAAAAUGCACGCCAGUUCGUGUUCAACAUCAAACACCACGUUACUUUUCAACAAAAGAUAGUCCAUUCACUCCAUUUUUGGAGAGAUAUCUUGAACAAACAAAAUUAUCCUACGGGAUAAGUAUAAUAUCCUUGAUAAUAUGGAUAUGGUCAAAAUGUAAUAGAGUGAAAGAAGAAAGCAUUCUUUUGAUACAUGACGUUGGUGUACAAGUGAAAACGACCUUUAUGGAUGGAAGAUGUGUGUCGAAAUUUAUUGAUCGAUCGAAAAUAUUGGAUGUGGUUAUAAACGAAGGGAUCACAAUGUUAUCCGUUAAAUUUUACUUAGCGAUAAUUGUCGAUGGACAAGAUCGGAUGGUGGUAGUGUUUGAGCAUUUAUUACCUCGCCUAAAUAUUUUAUUAAAAGUUUAUCGAGGCACUAGAGCUGUUAUCUUUCAUGAAUUGGAAGAAGAAAAUAUGGAUGCAAAUGGAAAUUUCAAUAAUACUUCAAAAUCAACGCAGGAAUCCUCUGAAAGUUGUGACGAAGAACAAGAAGAAAGUCAUACUGUUAAAACUGCUGAAAGUGUUUGGGAUGCAGGUUUAAUACUUGCUAAAUACAUUGAAAAACAAUCGGUCAAAAGUAAUAAUGAUUAUUUAAAAAUUGAAGGGAAAAAAAUCAUAGAGCUGGGAUCAGGAAAAUCAAUUCCAUCAAUUGCAGCUAUAAUACUCGGAGCAAGAAGCGUCACGAUAACUGAUUCACCGAGCGUUAUACCAUCAAUUUCGAGUAUUGUAAAGUUGAACAAUUUGGAAAGUAAACAUGUUUAUGUGAGAGCUCUUGAUUGGGAGCAAAGAGAAAAGUAUAUAAAGCAAUUAAAUGAUGACAACAAUGACGACAUCACACCAUACGAUUAUAUUUUUGCGGCGGAUGUUGUGUGGGUUGAUUAUUUGAUUGAGCCACUAGUGGAAACAAUUGAUGGUACCUUUAUUGCUUUUCACGGUUGGAAAUUGACCAGCGUGGAACAAGAUGAGUUAGAUUGGGAAAAUAGGUUUGUUAAGGAUUCGGUCACUAUUUACCGAGGGCAGAGAUAUUGA